AUGGCCGCAAUUGGCCUCAGGUCUUCCUUGACCACCAGAGCCAUAGGUCUUCGAUCCUCACACUCCCGCUUCGUCCCUCUCUACCCUCAACAACUCUAUUCGACACAAUACGGGUUCUCACCCUCUACGCCACGAUGGUCUCCCGACUCAACAAAGUCCACUUCCAGCAGCACCUCGGGAAGCUCGGCAAAUAACUCCGACCAAUCCAUCUCGAGCAGCGCAUCCUCAACACCACAGACCAGCAAGCUCAACAUCUUUAGCAGCGAAUGGGAAGAUCUCGAUACGAAGGUCAAGAGCUUUGACGAUCUGCCACAUCGCCUCUUUGGCGCGAACCAACAUAUGAUCAUCAACUAUGAGCUUAAAGAAGCUUUGCGACUCAUGCUGCGCCAGUUCAACGCGCCUAUAGUAUACUGUUUCGCCUAUGGCUCUGGAGUCUUUCCUCAAGGACCUUCCAAUGCCAAUAUUUCCGAAAGUGACUUUCGCGCUGUACACCCAAACCCACCAGACGCACUGAUGAAGUCGCAAAAGGGCUCACCCAAGGUGCUGGAUUUUAUCUUCGGAGUAUCACAUGUUGAGCAUUGGCAUUCAAUCAACAUGAAGCAACACCGUAACCAUUAUUCCGGUCUUGCCUCUUUAGGCUCUGGUGUUGUUUCGCGUGUUCAAAAUUGGGGUGCUGGUGUCUACUUCAAUCCAUUUGUCGAAGUAAACGGCAUGCUGAUCAAGUACGGCGUGACAAGCAUCGAUAACCUCGUUCACGAUCUGUCCUCAUGGGAUAGUCUGUACCUCGCAGGCCGUCUCCAGAAGCCCGUCAAGAUCCUCCGGGACCACCCUCGUGUCCGACUCGCCAACCAGCACAACCUUAUUGCCGCUGUUCGAACCGCACUACUCCUGUUACCCCCAGAUUUUACCGAAGCCGAGCUCUACAGCACCAUUGCGGGCCUCAGCUACUUGGGUGAUCCCCGCAUGUCCCUGCCCACAGAGAACAAGAGCAAGGUCUCCAACAUCGUGGAGAACAACAUCAUUCAUUUCCGACGCCUCUACGCCCCUCUUGUCAAAACCCUUCCCAAUGUCGACUUCACUGGACCUAGUCGUAUCGACGACACCGACUGGAUCAUGAACCCCGAAGCCGACAACACACUCCAACAAGACAUGGACCCCGUGCGUCGCGGCAACAUGGUCAGACGUCUACCCCAGACCUUCCGAUCGCGCUUGUACUUCCAGUACCAGAAGCGGUUCGGCAUACCUCGUGGAGAGUUCAACGAGCUCAUGAAGGCUUCCACCGAUGAAGAAGGUGGCGCUGUGAAGAAGAUGCAGGGAGGAAGUUUCGAGCGUCGCAUAGGCACUGACGACGCCCAGAAGUUGCGUGAAACGGUACGCUUUGUUAUCAAGCAAACGGUCAACUGGCCUAGUACCGUACAAAGCGUCAAGGGACUCUUGAUGGGCGGUGUUUCACGGACAUGGCGAUACUUGGGAGAGAAAUAUUCGAAAUUCAAGAAGGACCAAGUGAGCAAGAAGGCCAAGGAGCUUUCUGAAAAGUCGAAAUAA